UUUUCCCUACCAAGAGCGCCAGUGUGGGCCAUUUUCACAAGUGUGACAGAGAGGCUGCUUAUUUUAGUAAAAAAGUGCUUGUUGAAUGUUGAACACACACACACACACACACACACACACACACACACACACACACACACACACACUGCCCCCACCUGAUGGCCACUCAAUAAAUAGCGUGCGUUUCCCCCCUGUGCAAGAACAAGCCUACAGACACACAGCACACAAGGGGUGGGUCAUUAAUAACUAAUUACCGCAGGUCAGACCCUAACGCAUAUAUAAAGCCCACCGGGAGCCGGCACAAGAGAAACAUUUUCAGCACUGCGCACCAAGAGGACAGAUCGAGUUUAGAUAGAGAUUUCUUUUAAUUUUUUUUUUUUUAAAUGGCACAUUAAUUUUUGUUAAAUAACAGACUCUAUCUUGUUGUGUAACUGAUUUACUUCCAAAUAAGCGACAUUUCAAACUGGUGUUAAAUCAUAGUGAGAUUAGACAUUAUGGGUUCAGUGUUGCCCGCUGAAGCGCUGGCCCUGAAGGCUGGAUUUAAGCCGCACACACUGGCUCUGUCAGACAUCAUCACCUCAGACAUCCUACACAGUUUCCUGUACGGCCGCUGGAGGAACGCGCUGGGAGAGCAUCUGUUCGAGGAGAAGAGCAGCGCCGUGGGACCCAAAACGGCCUUCACCGCGGAGGUUCUGGCGCAGUCAUUCUCCGGAGAGGUGCAAAAGCUGUCAAGUCUUGUGUUGCCCAGUGAGGUGAUCAUCGCACAGAGCUCCAUCCCUGGUGAAGGUCUUGGCAUCUUCUCCAAAACAUGGAUCAAGGCAGGCACUGAGAUGGGACCCUUCACUGGCAGGGUCAUUGCACCUGAACAUGUAGACCUCUUUAAGAACAACAACCUCAUGUGGGAGGUUUUUAAUGAGGACGGGACAGUGCGCUAUUUCAUUGAUGCCAGUCAAGAGGAUCAUCGAAGCUGGAUGACCUACAUCAAAUGUGCCCGGAAUGAGCAAGAGCAGAACCUAGAGGUGGUGCAGAUUGGAAGCAGCAUAUUCUACAAAGCAGUGGAGACAAUACCACCAGAUCAGGAACUGCUGGUAUGGUAUGGAAAUUCCCACAACACAUUUUUGGGUAUUCCUGGGGUUCCUGGCAUAGACGAAGAACAUCAAAAGAAGCAUAAAAAUGGUACUUCAGGUGACAUGUUCACAUUCUCUCCUCUUCUAGAUGAUUUCCACGUGUGUGACACCUCGUCGUCGAGCACGUCCCUGGCCACUGCGGGUCGCAUGCGCUGCGUGAUCUGCCACCGCGGCUUCAAUUCACGCAGCAACCUGCGCUCACACAUGCGCAUCCACACACUCGACAAGCCCUUCGUCUGUCGCUUCUGCAACCGCCGGUUCAGUCAGUCAUCCACGCUGCGCAACCACGUGCGCCUGCACACCGGCGAGCGCCCCUACAAGUGCCACGUGUGCCAGAGCGCCUACUCACAGCUGGCAGGCCUGCGUGCGCACCAGAAAAGCGCGAGGCACCGUCCUCCCAGUGGCGGACCCGUGGUGGGGCUGCAAACUCCCUCACCUCCUCCUCCUCCUCAAAUGGCAGCGGUGCCUCACCCGGCCUCGCUGGUGCACCACAUACCCACCAUGGUGCUAUGAGCUGUCAAAGUGUCCCUUUGCUUUCAAACUUUCUAGCCUCAUAGAGCACAUGCCGCUGUUUGAAGUCGCACAUCCUCUUAGUGGAUGCUGUUUUGUUCAUGCUCUUGGCUGUGUGUGGAAGACUCGGUGUACUUGAUGCACAUGGCUGAGGAGCUCAAGUUGUGACAGUACUGACAUGAGCACCAGAGUGCGGUUUUGUACGUUUAUUGUGUUGAAUUCUCAGAGGCAGACAAAGCAGAACGUGCUGAGUAGAAGCCUUGAGUCUUCUUGUAUCUGUUAUAUGUGGCUCAUCCAAGAGCGAGCAAUCUCAAUGAGGUGGUCAGUCAAAGUGUGUAAUCGAUUAAUCUUUGCAUGCAAAAUUGUUACAGUGUAAAUAAAAAGGAGUGACAGCAUGUAAACAUGCCCCACCAUUAUUAGGUGACAGAAAAAUAGCCACACGUUUUUUAAAAAUAUAAACCCUCAAAGAAUGCACAUUAUGAGGCUGCUGUCGUGUAUCAGUGAAUAUGUGGACAGGUCAGAAAUGAAUAUAUUUUAAGCCUCACUGGCUCCACCUACUGACCUGCAUGUCACCUCCAGUGAGUAAAGUUCAGGAGCACAAAUUUGUAAAUAAUCUGUGUAAGGUUUGUAAAGUAAUGUGAAUAUAAUUUUAAAAUCUACUUCUGCAAUUUACUGAACAGUCACUUUAUUUGUGUAUGUAUGUAAAACGUAAAUAAGAAUAAUUGGCUCUAUUAUAUUAUGUACUUUGUUUGCUGAAAUAAACUCUUUGAAUAUUCACAUUGUAUGCUAAUAAAUGAUUACUUAAUCACUUUUAGUAUAAUAUGUUUAUUUCUGCUUUUUGCUUUGUUAUCAUUAAUAAUACUCCACGCCGGCUCAUCUAUUUAAUAUAACAUUCAUUUUAAAGAUCAUUUUUAAUGAACAAAAACACAACUAAAAGGUGGAAAGGUUUGAAAAUUAG